CUUGCAUUCUACCAUGGAGGUGUCGCGGAUUUGGCUGCUGAGUCUAUAUAUUGCGGUCUUACUCGGUCUCCAUGCGACGAGCGUAUGCCACCGUGGUUCUUCGACUCUCUGUGGCCCGCAGUCCUGGGAAACAUAUGUCGUAACCAUGAAACAGCGCAAAGUAACGUGCGAAUGGUGUGGCUGUUCGUUCCGCGGAUCUGGGCCUCUUAGGACACACACGUCCAUAGAUGUGGAUUGCAGGCUAGCCAAGGAACGCAGCUACAACGCUGGUAUUUUCUUCGGGCCGUAUGCUACUUCUGUAGGCCCCUCCUGCACUGAGCGUGCUCACCACUCUCGGGCACCACUCAACCACAGCAAUGGAUGCCCUCCCGUUGAGCCACCUAGCAGGCAAACAAGCUCCAGCUCCACGCAGGGUAGUGAGUCGAGCCAUUUGAAUGACAGCGACAGCGGGGAGAGUAGUUGCGAGCGCGGGUACAGCCGUCCCAUGUCUUUUGACACGGCUCUGGAGUUUUAUCUCUUCAUCAUGGCGUGUAACAGAGGCAGCGGUCUUUCCGUGCCCAACACCGCACGUCUCCUCAAGUUUCUGCAUGCCCAGGGUCUGGAUUUGUCCAGAAUCACCGAUUGGCACUCAAAGACGGCGGCCCUCAAGUAUGGUCGCAGUAUUGGGCUCAGUGGGAGAACAUACAUGGUCCGCGAGGUGCACAUCGAAGGCUGGCCUCGGCCCUUCUAUGUUAGGUUCACUAGUCCAAUUCAGGCCUUGCGUGGCCUUUUCGGGGACGAGAGCAACUCUUCCGGGUUUCAGCUGUGGGCCACUCCGCAAAUAGAUGCCAGUGGCAAUCUUCUCUUCACGACACCUAGCACUGCAAGCUUUUGGAUGGAAGCUCAGGCCCAUGUGCCGGAUGACGAAGUCAUUUGUCCAGUGAUCCUUGCAAGCGAUCAGACGACACUCGAUGGCACGAUGCGGACUCGAAUCUGGCCACUGUACAUAUCCACCGCGAACAUUCCAUGGCACCGGCGCUGGCACGACGCUGGGAAAUUACUCCUUGCCAUUUUGCCGGAACCAAACAAGCACAUGUUGCCCAUGCAGAAGGUCGAGCUGUUCCAGAAAUCUCUUGGCAUCGUUCUCCAUGAGCUGCACCGGGCAUCCAAAAACCCGGUUGAUAUGGUGGAUCCUUGGGGCGUUUCACGCAAGGUGCGGCCACUGCUCUAUGCAUACAUUGGUGACUACCCAGAGACAUGCAGGGUAUCCUGCACAUUGUCCCUAAAGUCAUCAAAGCCGUGCUCCCUGUGCUACAUAUCGAGGAAGCGACUACGACAGACUGAUACGAGAGGCGUCCAUCUUCGGACUGUGGCCGGGCAGUCUAAACUUCUGCGCAGCGAGCGUGAAGCACACCAGUACUCAACCAUCCCCAUUCUGUCUGCCCUUUGGGAAAUCAAUUUUUCAGAGGAGCCGUGGGGUAACACCUAUCUCUCUAUGAUGCCGGACAUAUUGCAUGUGUUCUACCUUGGGGUUUGGAAGCAUCUGGUGACUGUCCUGAUUUCAGAUAAGGAUAUUGCCAAGAUUUAUGAAGAGCGGUAUCUGAGGAUGUAUCCUGAUGCACACCUAGCUGGGCUUCCUGCCCCCAUUCCUGGAAAAUACUUCAUAUCGAGCGCAAGCUACACCGGCGCAGAGCAUUCCGGCAUGAUGUUAUCACUUUCAUAGUUGAGGGGAAGCUUGCUCCAGCACGCCACAAAGCCCUAAACUAUGUCCUUGGGUGGCAUCAGACCUACAUUCAAGCUAGCAGCCACAGUGAAGCCAGCCAUGCUCAAAUGCAAGCAGACUUGCAUGAGAUGGUGCGUCUCCUAGAGAUGGCGUUCCCACGGUCUGGCCAUGGGUGGAACCUCAUCAAGGUUCAUUUACUCACGCAUCUCCCUGAUGCUAUCCGACGCGGGGGCCUGCCACGAGAGUUCGCAGCCGGGGUUUUCGAAAAUGCACACUCGCGGACUUGCAAGCAGCCAUAUCGGUCGUCAAACCAUCGUCAAUAUGUGGACAUCAUUCUAAAGCACAAUGUUACGCAAGACUUGCUGCACCGCGUUAAGAGCUCGCUUCCACCGCCACGCAAAUACAACACUGCAGCUGCAAGAGCGAUGGAGACGGGGACGCCAAAACUCACCGAGGAUUCGGAUUUACUGACGUAUGGUGACGCUAACCCCAGAUCUGGAAGCGACAUCUAUAGCAGCUAUGUCGAAGCCAAUGGUGGGGAAUUGGGGCCUUACGGUGAGACAAUGAGGCGCGCCGGUUACCAGAGCUUCCCGGCUGAGGUAUGUAUGAGUCCACAUGUCCACAUGUCCCAGUCCUCCCCCCGUACACAUCAUCAUGAUAGCUCUGGAUCUUCUGCCUUGGGUCAUGGGCCAUUGAGCUUAUUGUGCAGGUUCAUAGGGCAGUAGCAAUCCCGACCUCUGACAUUGAUGGCCAGCCUGCCUGCUGGUAUGCAAGGGCAGCACUUAGGAACCAAAAGGAGCCUGCAUUUUCAUGUGUCAGCAUUUCUAGUACCAGAGGACAGCCCGUGUACGGCCAGCUCCUGCUUCUUUUGCGUGCGGAGAGGCUUGUAGGGUCCCAGGCAGGCCAGAAACGCGCAGUAGCAUACGUGCGGACGUGGACCACUGGUGCUGUGGACGACAUCACUGGCUGCAGUAUUUUGCAUCGACAAGGGGGCGGGAAUGGGUACACGGUAGUACCCAUUGAACGGCUCACCGAUGUGGUACACGUCGUGAAGUCUUUCGAGCAUCAAGGAGUGUGGCCACUCAAUCGUUGGGCUCACCUACGCCGGCCCCUUACAGGUGAUAUGGUCAUUGAUCAUGCACCAUAAGGUUGCUUUGAGGGGAGUUACCAAUGGUCAGUGGAGUGGUUCUGCUCAUGUCGGCCCUUGCUGGCCUUUCCAAGAGGAGGGAGGGGGAGGAGGGAUGCCCACUAUGCAACAGGCCUAUUACCGCUGGCCCCACUCCCCCUAACUCCUCGACUCCCUUCCAACAGUUCCAGCGUACGCUUCACUGUCGCCCUUCAACUCUCCUACCGUGUUGCCUUCACACAUCCACCUUCCUCCCCCCUUCUCCCAGCACCGUUCCCUCUAGGUCCUACAAACUUUCCGGGCUGUUGCCCAUUGGUAGAGAUCGCGUGAAUCACCCCCCUGCAAGUCACGCCAUUUCUCUCCACCACCUUCUAUUGCUGACCCUGCAUUCCUCUCUCACCCUGUGUACCCUCGGCUCUGCAGCCCCUCCUCAUCCUCUGUUGCACUGUCAACUUCUGCACUAUCCUUUCGCCCCUCCUCUCCCCUUUCCCAUUCGCCACUAUCCCACCCUCCGCCCCAUGCCUUCCCCAAUAUUAUCCGCUUCUGAGCUGGCCCUACUAACCCACGCCCUCAAAUCUCCACACCCACACAAUGAUGGAAGCGCCUCCCACCAGCACAAGCUCCCCUGCAUUUAGUACUGGACUUGGUCGGGGAACUGCAUCUACCCAAGCCCGCACGACUCUCUCCCUGACCACCAUGCUGAGCCGUGGCUGUGAUGGGGUAAAUGUCCAACGUUUUAUAAGUCUUACCCGCCUGUCUCGUGUAACGGACCUUAUAAUGAGGCAGCACGCUCUGCUGGUCAUUUAGAUGCUGCUACCGUAGAUUAUACACCCAUGUGCUGUGCUAUACCUCACAAGUUGUUGCCAGAACCCUCCCCCUUUGGUGUAAAUUCGAUCUUUUAUACCAUC